AUGUCGUUGUGGAUUAACGAUAUGGAGAACGAGUUACUGUCCAAGGCAUGGGUAGCAGCGUCUGAGGAUCCGAUCAAGGGUAGUGGCCAAACCUUGACAACAUUCUGGGACACAGUAACCCAUCGUUUCAACGAGAUCAAGCCAGAACGCCGCCCGCAACGCACGGCAAGGGCCCUCGAAUCAAAGUUUGCAGACAUCAAGCACGUUGUCAGCAAAUGCGGCAAGAGCACUCUACUUCAAGACCACCACUUCCAAGACGGGCAGUGGACGCAAUUUCAAGGACAUGGGGUGUUGGCGAGUCCUGCGCGACAAGCCAAAAUGCGAAGCGUAUCGGGAAAACGGCUUCGGCAUCAAGAAAUCAACCAAGCAUUCUAA